AUGGAAACUCGUCGAAAAACGAGAAGUAGAAAAUCAGUUAUGAGAAAGAUUAGACCUGGCGCAACGAAAAGAAAACGAAGUUCAUCAUCAGUAUCAAAUACUUCCAAUUCAGAAAGGGUGGAACAGGUGCAAAAAGUGAAAAGGUUUUUGGAUUCUUAUACGAUUAUUCAUACUAAGUCGUUAAUUAUAUUACUGGAACAUUUCAAAUGUUCUCAAUGCAAUAGCUUAUGGAAAGGUUCACCAAUUAUGAGAGAAAGAAAUGGGUUGUAUGUUCAGUUUGAAUUUGUAUGCUUCUAUUGUGAAGCUCCAACUCGUCUUUUUUCAUCAGCAACAUUGCCAAAUAGUAAACGUCAUGAUAUAAAUGUUAUAUUGGCACUUGGUGGUACACUGUGUGGCUUAGUCAAACUCGUUGGUGCUCUCAAUUUAUCACCACCCAUUCAAGAGCAAAGUUAUCGAGCUACACAAGAAUUCAUUGUAAGUUUUGCAGUAAAAGCUAAAUAUAAUUCAAUGACUGCCGCGAUUGAAACAGCUGUUCAAGAGAAUGGUCGUGUUCGAAAUCUCACGGUGAGUAGCGACGGAACAUGGCUCACACGCGGUCACUCAAAUGUGCACGGAGUCGCUGCAUUAUGUACAGCAACUAAACAAUCAAAAGUUAUUGACACAAGCUGA